CAAAAUGUCCGACUUUGCCAGCAGUAAAGAACAUGGCCGUCAGGUGUUAUGGUUUUACCCUCAUCCAGUAUGUUUUUGAUGUUUUCAAGGAUUCAGUCCAUUAAGGAAGAAUCUCAGCUGGAGACUCUGGGUAUAUUUUCCAAAGUAUUUGAUCAACAUUUUUCUAUGAAGAUGAGGAUGUCAGUUCUUCUGACACCAUGAUGGAGCGGAGAAUUCGUUUGAAGUCAGUCAAUGUUCACAUUACAUGCACACUGUGUUCUGGCUACCUCAUUGAUGCGACCACCAUCACAGAAUGUCUGCACACAUUCUGCAAAAGCUGUUUGGUUCAGUACCUGGAUGACAAUAACACUUGCCCUACUUGUGAAAUUGUGAUUCAUCAGAGUCACCCACUUAAUUACAUCAGCCAUGACCGGACCAUGCAGGACAUUGUGUACAAACUGGUGCCAGAAUUACAAGAAAAUGAACUACGGCGGCAGCAACAGUUUUAUAAGAGCAGAGGUGUUCCAUUUCCAAAAUCCAUUGGAGCUAAUGAAGAGUGUGUGGAAACUGAACGGACACACACGCAACCACCAGAUUCUGACACCCAAGACUAUCAUCGCAGCGAUGAACAAGUUAACAUCUGUCUAGAAGGUCGAGGUGUAUCGAUGCGCAAUUUGAAACGUAAAUUCAUUCGAUGCUCUUCACAAGCUACCAUAAUGCAACUGAAAAAGUUUGUUGCUUUGAAAGUAUUCAACAGUUCAGCUAAGCAUACAGAUAUUGAUAUUCUCUGUAAUGAUGCCAUCCUAGGAAAAGAUCAUACGCUGAAAUUUAUUUCAGUCACAAGUUGGCAAGCCAAAGACACACCAUUAAUGUUACAUUAUCGACAGAGGGUUGACUUGUGAAGGGUUGUACCCUCUUCUGCUCUUUUCUUUCUACAUACAUGCAGAGACUAAUAGACAUAUAAAAUUCACAUGUGCACACAAUGCGUGCACUAUAUACAUACAUACAUACAUGUGCGUGUGUCUGUGUACACACGCACACACACAUAUAUACACAUAUAUAUAUAUAUUUAUGUGUAUAUAUAUUUAUGUACAUAUAUAUAUAUAUAUAUAUAUAUAUAUAUAUAUAUAUAUAUAUAUAUAUAUAUAUAUAUAUAUAUAUAUAUAUAUAUAUAUAUAUAUAUAUAUAUAUAUAGAUAUAUAUAUUUAUGUGCAUAUAUGUAUCUGUGUAUAUCUACAUAUGGAUCUGUUAUCAUUUCUGCUGUCGCCAUUGGUAUACAUAGAACAAAUCAACAAAGUGUUGUACAUUUCUGCUUGAUGAGGAUGUUUACUGACAUCUGUCGAUGACUGAAAUGGAGAAAGAUAACGUCCUGUGUAUUUCUUGUACAUAUCCCUUGGAUAGCUAUGACGUCUGUGUUACCGGAGCAGUUCUUCGACUCUUGUUCUGUCUCCUUUCUGUUGCUUCAACCAUGCUAAUAUUUCCUUACUACCAUCAACACAACAGACUGCACUACUUGGAUGGUGGAAUAACAUGAAGUAGUUAACCUCGCCAACAAAAUAGUGUGGCAAUUGGCAAAAUUGUCUCCCUCCCCCUCCCUCCCCCUCUCUCUCUUUCUCUCUCUCUCUUUCUCUCUCUCUCUUUCUCUCUCUCUCUCUCUCUCUCUCUCUUUUUUUUUUCCCACCUCUUCUAAUUUCCCCACCCGUAAAAUCUAUGUAUGUGAUAACAGUGGUCAGAAUAUGGUUACAGUGUCGUUGUUGUUGUUGUUGUUGUUGUUGCUACCUCUCAUUCUUCAAUUUCUUCAAUGAUCUACAACUCUUGGUCAACUAUUCCACCUCUCUCAACAACAACAAAAAGAAAAAAAAAACCUUUCAUUUUGAAAAGCAUAGUAAAGAAUCUGUGUAGCUGACUUACAUGUUUAUGAGUGUCUGUGUAUAUAUAUAUAUAUAUAUAUAUAUAUGUGUGUGUGCACAUGAUUGUAUGUGUGAAUAUUUGCAUGUAUAUGUAUGAAACGCACUUGGUCAUACAUGUGUGUGUGUGUGUGUAUAAAUAUAUGUAUAUGUGUGUAUGUGUAUAUUUAUAUAUGUAUGUAUAUGUGUAAUACACACACAUACAUGCAUAUAUAUGUGUGUGUGUGUGUGUGUGUGUGUAACAUGCAUGUACAUGCAUAAAUGUUUAGUUAUAUGUAUUUAGGUUACCUUACAGUCUUUUUGGACUGUCUAAAAACCUUAUUCGAUUUUAACUUCUUUUUCAUAAGCCGUUUGACUUCUAGAGCUUCAUGUUGAAUUGUGUUGUUUUGAGAUAGCUUCUCCUGAAAAAUAAGAAUGAUGUGACCAAACAUUGGAUGGUGCAGGUGGCAGGGGAUGGUGGAGGUCACUGUCAUUUGUGGAAGUCUAACUUUGUCUAGUUUAAAGAGUUUCAAAAGCAGGGAAGUAAAUUGGUUGGUUCAAACCUUCAAAUUUAACCAAUUGGCUAGCAGAAACUUUUUUUUUAAUAAUUUUUUUUUUUAUAGCGUUUUAGUUUUUUUUCCCCUUUGUCCCUUAUGCUUGGUCUUCCUUGCUCAGUAUCUUCUAAAUCGACUCCUCUUCAAUUUUCACUAUGUGUUUGUCUCUGUCUUCCUUUCUCUGGUUAUCCUCUUGUUUGAUGCAUCCAGCUCUUCUUGUUUUGUCUCUCUGUUACUCAGUUCCCUUCCAACUUCUCUUGGAUGCUGAUCAUUUGAAUGUGCCAACUUUGUGUAUGUUAUAUCCGUGAUGAAGCAUAUGUUCUUCACAACCAGGUGUGACACAAUAUACCAGUGAAAACAAUAGUGAUUACAACAAGAAAGGUUGAUCUAAGCUUUUCUGGAUUGGAACAAUGAAAGCAACAACAAGGAAAACAGUUAUGCCACACACACACACACACCAAAAAAAAUGGUUAAUGGAAUCACGAUAAUGAUUAUAACUGCCAGAAUUUUAACUGUUAUGUAUCAAAAAUAAGAUUUAUCAAAGCUAAUGUGUGUGUGUGUGCAUGCAUGCGCAUGUGUGUGUGUGCGUGCAUUGUGUGUGUGUGUAUAUAUAUAUAUAUAUAUAUAUAUAUAUAUAUAUAUAUAUAUUAUGUAUGUAUAUAUGUUAGUGUACCUGUAUAUAUUACACAGCUUAUAUUGAGAUAUAUAGUAUAUAUGCACACUCACACACAUAAGCAUACAUGCAGAGUGAGGUAAGAGAAUUUAUGACAAAAUCUUUUUCUUUUAGGAUUCUGUCUGUUUGUAUAUUCUUAGUAUGUAUGGAACUGCAAUUGAUUUUAAAGCCUCCACAUAAAAGGUGUUAUAUAUUUUCCCCCUGUGAAACAGCAUGUAUGUACACAUAUGUCCCUCGUCUGUUGUUUUGUACGCUACAAAUUAAAUCAGCUUUACAAUUGCAUGGCUUUAGUGUUAAAGCAAAAAGUCAUUCAGUUUAGACUAUAAAGCAACAGUGUAUGUAGUGGAAGGGUCUCACAAAAGAAGAUAUUGCAAGGAAAGGAAAAUAUUACUUGAUAACCAAAAACUUUUUAGAAGUUACAAGCAUUAAUUGUUAUUUCUGUUCAUGCUAUCAACUUAGAGAGCAAAAGUUAGUGGUCACAGUUUUUCCUCUGGAAUUAUUGCACUGUUCUUUACAGUUGAAGAUGUAGCACAUGUAUUGCAGAGAACAGUCCCCAUGUUCUUAUCAUGUUUAAUGUUAUGCUAGUAAACUUCCAAAAUGACUGGAUGUAUGUUUGUAUGUACUUAUGUAUACAUGUUAUCUUUCUUUGUUAACUGCUUGAAUUUUUUCUAUAAUGAAGGAUCUGGUUUCAAACAGAAUCAAAGAUCUAUCAUGGGAAUUUAGAUAACAGUAAUUGUUUUGAGCUACUUGUGGAACUUAAGAAAAGUUUUGCUUAUUUUUACUGAAAUGCCUACAGAUUGUAUUAGUAAAGUGUUUAUUAGCUGGUCACUUCCAUUGCCUGGAAAUCUCAACUUUUUUGAGCAUUUAGGCAUUUACCAACAUGCAGCUUUUUCCCUACUAACUAUUUAUUAGAAAUAAAAAACGAAUUUUUCAGACAGAUAUGUAGGUUUUGAUAUUGUGUGUGUGUUUGUGCAUGUGCGUGCGUGUAGAUAGAGGUAUGGUCAAUUAGUUAAAAAUUUUACUUUGCAGUAAUGAGGUUUCAGAUUUGAUCCUGCUGUUUGACAUCUUGGGUGAGCCUUGGAUCAAUCUAAACCUUUGUGAAUGAAAUUUAGUGUAUGGAAACUAUGGAAGCCCGUCAGAUGGUUUAUACUGUACAUGUAAUUGAACGUGCCAUCCUUAAUCCAUACUAUCAUAAUGAUUCUGCUUGAAGAUUAUGUUAAGGAUAUUAGUUUCUGUGGAAUCUGAAUCACAAUGGUACAUUGAACUGGUAGUUCAGUUGAUUGAAUGACUAGAAUACUCAUUGUUGGAACCAGUAGAGUAUUUGUUAUGUAUGCAGUUGUACUUACCUUACCGGAUUAUUCAACACUGCAAUCUGCAUACAAGUUAAUAAUGUAAUUUUGAAAACAGUAUUUGGCGUUUAUGGCUACAUGUAUGUGCACAUAUACACCUACAAUUAUUAAUUAAACCAUUCAUACAUAUGAAAUGUGUUUCUAAUAUAGUAAUCUAGCAAUUUCGAAUUCUUACCAUUUUAUUGCUGCUGAUUUAGUCAUCUUCAAAAGUGGUUUUCUGUUGAUAAUGGUUUUAAAACUCCAGAAAAGUAAGAUACAAACCAGAUUAGUUGCAUUAGCAUUCUUUCAAGCAAAAGAGUUUAAUACUUUGUUAAUUCUCAUAGAUGUUGCUCACUAAACUAUUUUUGAAUCCCACCUCUUGCUAGUUUUAUUAAAUCUCAUCUCAUUAUCAAGUAAAUAUUUUAAAGCUGUUUUGUGAAAACAAAGUGUUGGAACAUUCUUUCAGAAAUUAUACCCUGCUAUUGUUUUUUUCUUUCUUUCACCUCACCCAUUAAGAAAAGAACAAAAAAAAGAAAGCUUAAGAAACUUAUUCUCUAAAAUGAACGACAUCCUUGCUUAGAAUUCAUCUGAUGUAAUAGAAAUUUAUAAAAAAGAAAUCAACAUGGAAAAUAAGUUCAAUAUUUUAUAAACCAGUUGACAGGAAGUAAAAAGUGCAACAUUUUUAUAUAAAAACUUUUAUUAUUAAAAGAGAUUUCAAAACUAAAAUGCGAGAAUAAGAAACAAUAGAACUGUCCAGUGAUUGUUACGUUUUGUUUCUGCAGAUUAAGAUAUUUACCUAUUGUUUUUGGUGUUUGUGUUAAAGCUAGAGUAGAAUUUCUUGUUUAAACUCCAAACAUUCUUUAUGUAAAACUGUUAUUGAUGGAUAUCUGGACGCUUGGAACCAAUGAAUAUUGAAGUGUUCUUCAAAAGUAUUUUAACUAGGCAUUUGCUUCCCCUCUCUCGCAAAAAAAAAAACAAAAAAACAAAACAAAAAAAAACAAAACCCCAAAAAUAAAACAAAAAAUAAAAACAUACCUGCAUAUCUGCACAUUUUCAUUUCCCAUUGUGUAAUGUGUGUGUGUGUGUGUGUGUGUGUGUGCAUGUGUGCAGGCAUGUGCACGUGUGUAACCAAUGAUUCCAUAUUGCAGGUUUGGGGAUUUCCUAUGCUGUGUGUGUGUGUAUACAAAUAUAUGUGUGAUCUAACCAUUUUAUGUUCUUCAGCUUCAUGUUUCAUGUUUCUUCCCAAUGAAUGAGGGAGGCAGCUCAGAAACUCACUAUCCCAUUUCUCUCUUUUAAAAGAAAUACUUCUACAUACUCUAGACUGGAAUAAAUCAGUAGUUUAUUUAGUAAAAGUUGCUAUGUUUAAAAAUUAAACAUAGUUUGAAAUUUAACCAUGCUUCUAAUCUUCCGGAUUCUAUAAAUCUUAGAUUUAACAUUUCUUAUUUCUUUACUGCCCACAAGGGGAUAAACAUAGAGGGGACAAACAAGGGAUUAAGUCAAUUACAUCAACCCCAGUGUGUAACUGAUAUUUAGUUUAUCGAGCCCGAAAGGACGAAAGGCAAAGUCGACCUCGGGGGAAUUUGAACUCAGAAUGUAGUAGCAGAUGAAAUACCGCUAAGCAUUUCGCCCGGCGUGCUAACGUUUCUGCCAGCUCGCCGCCUUUCUAGCAUUUCGCCCGGCGUGCUAACGUUUGUUUGCAAAUUCAUUGUAUUAGAUUUAACAUUUCUAUUUAUGAAAUAUCACAAGGUUUUCAUCUUUAACCCUUUUGUUAUCGAAUUUCUAUUGAAACACUGCCUUCAUUUCAAGUAAUUUUGAACAUUAUAAUGAAUUUAGUAAACUAGCUUUGUCAUUUUUAAGUUGGUGUUACGAGCACAAAUUAAAAUAAGAUUUUGAUUGAAGUUUUCAGUUGAGAUCAUUUUGAAGCUGGGAGUUUGUAUCAUAGAACCAAGGGCAGUCUUGGGUGGCUUGGUAUCAAAAGGGAGUAAAGUUUCUUUAAUCCUUACUUUAAUUCUCUCUCUUUGGGGCUUAAUUCUAAGAGAACACUAACUAGAAACUUUGAAAAUAUAUUACAAGCUAAGUUUAUGGUCAAUUAAGAUGCAUAUUGUUAUUCACAGUUAAUCUUGUAUAACUACAUAUUUUGUAAAAAUAUAUUGCUAGAAAAAUUACAUGACUUAGAUCUGUCCUCAGUCUGAGUAACUUUUGAUAGAUGUGCUUUGUAUUUCUUGGAAAAAUAGCUGUUCCCUUUAGCAAAAAUGUUUUCUGAUCCUUUUGAUUUUCCUGGUCUUCUCUUGUUUCCCUGAUGUUAUUCAUAAAUCCCCUGAAAUCCUUUUGCUGAAGUCAGUUUUGUGGAAAUAUGUGACUCAAGGACUGCAUGCAAAGAUAUUUUAAAAGUCUUCCAUGUUGUUAGAUAUUGAUAUAGCACUUUUAUUUCACAUGUUAUAAUAUAAAUAGUCUUUGUUGUUUAGCCCUAGGUCAGCCCUGAUUAAGUAGACUUAUGAUCAAAAGUGUUUCAGCCAUAACCAUUCCUUUUAUUCAAGCAUUGUACAUCCAUCCAAUGCUGCAUCAUUCGGUGUAGUCAUAGCUGUCAGCUUAUUUAAGAUGAUGGUGUGGGAUUUAAGGGAAUUUGGCUGCUAUUUCUAGCAGGUCAAGCAACCAUGUAGUGGCACCUUUGAUGAAUGCAUUGUAGUUGAGUAGUUAAAGUCUUAUGAUAUUGUGUUUGCGAGAUUAGAACUUCAAACUUUGCUAUGAUUGAGUUGUUAUAAUGCUAUAAUUCAGUAUAGCAUCUUGUAUUGUAUCUGUUUUACCAAAAUAUUUUAGAAUUGCCAUCAAGGAAGUCCUCCAGUUUCCAGUAGUUUCUUAUACAGGAAAUGACAGACACAAAAACAAGAGAUUCACUCAUUCUGUUGAAUAGUUUGUAUGAGAACAAACUGAAGGGGUUGCUGGUUUUCAACUCCUUUUUUUCUGUAGGGAGUGAUAUUAAGUUGACACUAAGAAAUAGUGUUUGUCAAUCCCAUUGUUAGACUGGUUUGAUCUUCUUGAUUUGGACUAAUAUUGUUUUUGCUAUUUAUUGCCGAUACGAAAAAUAAUUCUGAAAAAUGAGACAAUUUCUUGUCUGCUGCUGUUAUUUCUCUUUUCUAAGCAUUAAAUGUCUGUGAGAUGCUUUCUCAGGACAGAUACCACAGUAUUACAACAUUCUUACAAUACAUCCACAAUAAAUAGGAUAUAGAGACUUAAAUUUAGAGAGCUUAUUCUCUUUUUUCAACUUUUAAACAGUUGUUAUGCUUUUCUGCCACAUCAUAUAAUAUCAAAUAAAUACAGAGCAAGUCUCUCUUUCUCUUCUCUAAUUUAUGCACUCUUAGGCUAGCACUAUUAUGAAGAAAAUUUGUUUGCAGAUUCAUUGUAUUUAAUUCAGUAAUCUGUUUAAUACAAAAGAACAUUUUAAACAUAUACUCCUGAAUAGUCUGUGAGGUUUCUUAAACAUGGAUUUACCCAAAAUGACAUUGUGAAUGGUAUUAAACCUUAAUGUUGCAUUGUUCAUUUUCCUUUUUUUUUUUUUUUUUGUCACUCCAUCUUCCACCAUUAACCAUUGUGACAUCUGUAUUCCUGGCCAUUCCCCAAACCCAUAAUCCUUUAAUAGUAGAGACACUACCGAAUUUUUCUCUAUCAGAAUCACCUUGGAAACAAUAUAUUUUACUUUGUUCUUUCAGAUUUGAAAAUUGACACUGUAUGUACAUUGUUUAGUUUUAUUUCCGCUUAUAUCUGACACUUCUCUCCAUGAGAGGGGAAAUCAGCUUCACUAUACUUAAAAACUUUAAAAAAAAAACAACAAAAAACAAACAAGCAAAAAAAAAACAAACAAACCCCCCCCUGCUCCUUCUUGUAUUUUUCUGUUAUAUAUAUAUAUAUAUAUAUAUAUAUAUAUAUCAUAUCAUAUUGUGUAUUUGUUGGUGUUUUGUGAUGGAAAAUAGUUUGGCUAUUAUCUCUCUCUCUUUCUCUUUCCCUCCCCCCUCUUUCUAACUCACUAACUUUCAUUAUACAAAGAUUGUUACAGAUUCUCCUUGUUGUUGCUUACAAAAAUUGGUUUUUAAAUUGAGUGAACAACCAGUUACUUAAGCAAGUGCAACACUAUUUUUGUUGGAGAUAAAACGAGGUGAGGUCAUUAUUACAACCUGCAUCAAAUGAGAUGAAGUCAUUAUUACAACCUGCAUCAUAUUAAAUCAGUUUUAUUUAUUUUUUUCUUUAAUCAGAGGUGAAAAUUUACCACACGGGUUGGACAAAGGUAAAGAAUUAAGAAAUUAGAGCCUGAUCUCAGUUGGCCUUCUCCCCAUACCUUUACCUCCAUAUACACUCUCACACGCUUAUACACAUUCAUAGUUAUAAACACUCACUUAUUAUUACACACACACACACAUGUUCACACAUGCAUACAUCUACAUGCAAACAUUUACACUGCCUUUUAAAAUCCAUCUGUAAAAUACACAUAGACCCAUACAGAUACCUAUAAUAAUAGUAAUAAUAAUAAUAAUAAUAAUAAUAAUAAUAAUAAUAAUAAUAAUAUGUCCUUUAAAUUUAUAUGCAUGGGAACAUAUAUAUUCAUACGACCACCUAUUUCCCAGCCCCUCCCCCCAACUCAAUCACAAACAGUUAUACAGUCACCUUAAAUUUACACUUACUGAUACAGAAACACAAUCCUGUACAAAAGAGACUUCUAUAUGCUGAGAUAUAAAGCAGGACUCAGUUAGCCUUACCUUACUGAGGCACUCAGUCUAUUGACUAUUACACAGCUAACAGUCACACGGUGCUGCUGUAGCUGAUAAUUCUCAAAAUAUUUAUAAUAAAAGAAAGAUUUCAAUUUU